AUGGCAUUGAUGCGGGACUGGAACAAUCUCCACUUGGCGGGUUGCGCAGAGCAGUUCUUCCUGGACGUUGCGGACGACGGCUAUGUUGUGGCCUCCUCACAUGAGAUCCCCAGCGCUGAGGUGGAGGAGCUGAAGCGGCACAGUCGGUGUGGCGCCUGGCACGUGUGCGGCGUGAACGACUGCCUGGGCGAGUGUGUCGCUGCCGGGUGCAGCUGCAGCCGCUCCAUCAACCCCACGGCGCGGGAUGCCUUCCUCAGUCCAUUUCUGAUGGCGUUGGCGGCGGGGCGGCGGGUGGAGCUGCAUGGCCUGGCGAGCGCGGAGCUGAACGGCGCCGUGGGGACACUCCAGGCCUUCCACGAGGAACGAGGGCGCUGGGCGGUGCUGUUCCUCGCGGGGCCCAAGUUGCUGAAGCCCGAGAACUUGCAGGUGCUGGAAGGGGCGGUGGUGGAGCUUCUCGGGGAGGACGUCUUCUUGCGGCUUUGCCAUUUCCUCGGCACCGCAACAACCGUGGCGACCAGCGUUUGCAGCCGCGGCUUGCGGGCGCUGCUGUUUGGGAGCGUGUCGUUGUGGCAAUCCCUGUGCCACCAUCUGCUGGACGAGGCAGUGAUCGCACUUCACCAGCAGGCGGCCGAGGAUGGCAGCAGCGAGUUCUGGCGGGCGCUGUGCCGGGCGGCCAGUCAGGCCAAUACCUUCUUCUACGAGCACACGCUGCGGGAGCAGUGCCUUCAACGUAGCGAGUGCUUCAGCCAGGCGUUGAGAAAUGCGCCCGGCCCUGGUCUGCAACUGCUGGAUGGUGCCGCCUACCAUGAGCAGCUUCAGCGUGUGCUGGGCUCCAGCGGGCACUCGGCAACUCCGCUGGGCGGCUUUGUGGUGGUGGUGGGGGGCUGGCGCCCAUGGUACCCCGCAGAUGGGCUGCACAUCUCGCUGCUGGACCUCCGGCGUCUGCAGAUCAGCGAGCCCCAGUCGCGGGGCGCCGCACCCUGCCGCCGCUUGCGCCACGCCAGCUGCUGUGUCUCUCUCGAAGGAGGCAGACGGGUGCUGAUGCUGGGGGGCUGCAACGACCGCUCGCACAACCCCUGUGAGGGCCUGCAGACCCUGUGGCUACUGGAGCUGAACGAGGGCGAGGAGGGCGAGGUGAGCGUCGCCUGGACCAAGGAGGACGCCACCGGUCCAGUGCCCAAAGCCAUUUGGCACCACGUGGCGGAUUCCUUCGCUGGAGGGAAGAAGGUCGUGGUCUUCGGUGGCGACAUCCCAGUCCGCGACCCCGAGUUCACCUUCAUCGGGGACCGGUCCUAUGCCAACUACGUGUAUUUACUGGAUGUGGAUGCCCGCAGCUGGGAGCGCGUUCAGACGCACGGGCAGGUGCCAACCUGGCGAUCUCUCCACUGCGGCGGCACCUUCAGCUCUGAGGCCGGUGAGGCCUUUGUGGUGGUUGGUGGCUGCGAGGAUCAUCUGGAGAUCUUCCACGGGGGGCCGCCCACCUCGAUGUUGGCCCAUUCUUUGAACUUGAAGACCAUGAAGUGGCGACGCGGCCAUGAGACCACCCAGGUGGAGGGCCGCCGGGAGCCGCUUUUCUUGCCCCGCCCACGGAUGCGGUUCGGGGUCCAGCGAUACGGGCGCCGGCUCCUGAUCUACGGGGGUCAUGGGGCGGAGGUCGAGGAGGAGAUGUUAUUACUGGACAUGGCCUCACUUGAAUGGUCCCGGGCCUCGAUGCUCAACAAGGCCUCGGAGUACGGGGUGGCCCCGGCAGCGGCGCUGGGCGGGGCCUGCGUGGUGGGCGGGGUGGAGCUCGGGCCCCGGGGCGCGCGCCCGGUCUGCUACGCCUCCCUGGGCAGCGGCCUGCUGCGCUUCGACUUCAGCCUAUUGGAGCUGCUUUUGGCCGAGGGCGUGAAGGUGACUGCAGUGCAUCUGGUGGACUCGCAGUACCAGAGCGAUGCCCAGGGCUACCUCCGCCACAAAGUGGCGCUGGCCCAGUUUGGCGCGUGGUUCUCCAGCCAGGGCGUGGAGGUCUACGCGCACACCUCCCUGGAAAGGUUCGCCUUUGAGGCGCGCCGGACCUCCGCGCUGCCGGUGGCCGUGCUGCAGGUGGACUGCUCCGAGCUGACGGCGGUCUUCGAGAAGGAGGUGAAGCCGAUGCUGGAGGAGGUGCUUCAGUAUGAUGGCCUCUACUGCGCGCUGACCUCGCGGGAGGGAGCCAGCGGUGCUGGCUCGCUGGGCUCCAGCGAUGCCUGGGCAGAGGCAAGGGUUGUGGCCACGACGCCGGGGGAUUGGACCGACCAACCUUUUGUGGAGUUGCGAAGUUCGAUUCUGUGGCCGCUCCGGUUUCACGACGAGAAAUCCUACCUGGUGAGGUUGGUGGCUCCAGAACCGCUGUGGCUCGCCGCGCCACUGCAAGGACUGGCGGGGCUUCAGGUGGUGCCGGAAGCGGCAAGAAGGCUCCGAGACUGGCGCUUGGUGUGUGGAUUGGAAUGCGACAGCCUUCAGGCUGGCGGCGGUGGCAUUUUGAAGUUCUACAGCGACGACACUCCGGGUUUGAAGGUUGGACCCACUACUGUCCUUGUGCUGUCGCUGGUCUUCAUGGCAAUAGUAUGCUCCCUGCACAUUUUGGGCAAGUUCCGCAGCGGCUAG